GUCCUGCCAGAUAUCUCUACACCAUACCAGGACAAAGAUAAUUUUUCCCACUAUUUACAGUCUCUCCACAGAGCCCAUCAACAGCAGGAAGUUUUGUUCAUCAGUGGCCAAAUGUGGUGGUGACAGCAUGCACUCAGUCAGUGUUCAUCUCAUCCUGAUGCUGAUGAGGAAGACAUGAAUUGUGGUGGAGCUGCAUUGGACUAUUCAAAGAAAGGAAUAAAGGAUAAAGGCUCCUGGUCUAUAAACCAUCAACAUCACCUGAUGAAAGUUGAGCAUCUUGAAAGCAUCAGAGCAGAUAAUUCAUAUGAAAUGAACAAACAUAGGACUUCUGCACUUAGAGACAACCUGGAGAUGACCCAGAACUUCAGUCAAGAGAACUACAGAACUGGAGAUCUGUCUUCUUCAGACGAUGACUCGUUAAGCUUGUUGAAGGAUCUUAGUCCCAGGCAAAACAAAGAAGUAGCUUGGGUUGUGCUCAUAGCUGAUUCAGAUCCAGAAGCAGGGAACAAAGAGACAAAACAGAAAAGAGAGAUGGAAAUAAAUCAUCUUAAACCAACUGAACCUGUGACAUCCAACUGUAUCCAGUCUACAUCAGGCUGCGGAGAAGCUUCAUCACAAGCAGCAAAAGUCUCACGACGUAUGAAAAUUCCCUCCCAAAAAUACCUUCACAAGAGAAAUGCAAUGGGAGAGACUCUGCUACACGCUGCAUGCAAGAAAGGAGAUCUCAGUCAAGUCAAAAUGCUCAUUCAAGCAGGAAUCAGUGUCAACAUGGAGGACUACGCAGGAUGGACGGCUCUUCACGAGGCGUCUGCUGUGGGUGAUGAAGCGGUGGUGGAGCAACUGUUGAAGGCUGGAGCUGAUGCUAAUGUUAGAAGCUGUGAUGGAGUGACACCUCUACAUGAUGCUGUUUUCAGUGGACACUAUCAGGUAGUGAAGCUUCUCCUUCAGUCUGGAGCAAAUGCCAGCGACAGGAACACUAGUGGCCUCAGUGCAUUAGAUAUGGCAACGGAAGAACACAUCAAAGAGCUGCUCAGGACUUUCCAGGUGUCUUCUGUUAAUCACACAAAGUCCUAUAAUGCAUCUUCAAAGCACGGAGAACCAGGUGCCACGUCCUCAGAGCCUCGCUGCCAGAGCAGUCGUAACUGCAGUGAAACAUCCAACCUACAGUGGAGGGAUUCAGGUGAUAAAGGCGGAGCCAGGGGGCCCAGAGAUUUUGAGCUGAGACAGAAAGAUGCCACCACUCAAAAUCCGAGUCAUUCAGAGGCAAUAACAGUGAUUUUGGAGGAGGUCAGAAGGAAACAAAUAGAAAUGUCAACUUGGCCUCUGACAAGUCUGAAUGAUGCAGACAGAUAUCAUACAGCUCUAACGGAGAUCCAGAGUGUGCUGAUUGAGGCGCUCGCCAAGCAGCAGUCAGAGAAGGAAAAUCUUGCCCGAAAAUAUCGGAGUGUGCCUGACUGCCUUCGUCACUGUUUGCUAAAAAGUCAGAUCUCACCCCUUGCUUCAUGCCAGAGAACCUUGAUAGAGAUACUCCAGAAGCAAAUGUAUUUGGUGGAAAUGUACAUUACCACGAGAGACAAACUUUCACUGGAUUCUUCAAAACCCAGAGAAACACGUGGAUAUAAUCAAUGUAGUCAUAAAGCACCUACACCUGCUAACCUGUUGAAGUCGACCAGAUGCGACCAGUCAGCCAGUAGCUGUCCAGACACUCCACAACCAGGAAUUGCUUUAGAGCAUUUCAGUAUAAUGACCAGACGAAAAAAUGCUUUGAUUCAGAACAGAGCCGUGGACAACAGCAGACGUCUCUCUGUGCUCAUCCAGAGGGGAGUCAUCUCACCUGGAAGUGCCCUACAGCUGCUGUUGAAGGGUCACUGUCACUUUGCUAAUGUGCUGGCCGAUGGCUCCAUUCUGAGUAAAGGAAAGGUGCACUUGGCUCCUGAAUGCUGGCUCAAGUCGAUUCUUGGGAAAAACAUCCCAGUCAGCUCAGCAUAUGCCUGGGACAAGGUGACAUUCGGAGGCAGACCUUUGUCUUUUUACUUACUGAACAUGGAGGGUGAUGAAAACACACCACAAAGGUGUCUUGAGGAAAACCGCACAGGCAGUUCUUCUAAAGAGCUGAUAACUACUGGAACAGACAGCUUGAACCAUCACAUGAAGAUCAAGAUCAUCCAUUUGGUGAACGAUGAAGAGCUGCUGCCAAAUGCUGUAAUGGACAUGUACUGGGACAAGCUCAUAAAGGAAGACUACUCCGAGUCUCAAGACUGGGCAAGUUAAUUAUUGUAACUUGCUCUACUCAUAUUUUGACUGUUCUGCUUAGUUAUUGUAGGAUCAUUUGCAUUUGCUGUACUUUUUCCUACACACACACACACACACACACAUAUAUAUAUAUAUAUAUAUAUACAUAUAUAUAUAUACACGUCUAUGUCUAUAUAUUUAUUUUUUCUUUUUUAUUUCUUUUUGAGCUUUGCUAAAAUAAAACUUGCUGUAACUUCUCCCUCAAACACA